GUGCAAAACUGUAAAGCUAGAAAGUUGAAAAAGGGGGACAAUUACAUGCAACGAGAAUGGCCCCUGUCUAAAGCAGUCCCGAGACUUGAACUUAUGUGUACAUAUGAAACUGUCAACCUUCUGAUAGGUUUGUUUACAAGUUUAUAAAUAUAAAAAGCUAAAGAAUACUAAAUUCAUUUUUAUGGAAAAAUGUACAUUAAAUAAUAUUCAUAAUCUUAAAGGCCCCUCAACCGCUAUAAAUUGAAGGCACCCAUCUGAGAAGGGAGCAAUUCAGAAAUAGCUAGCGGCUACUUACUUAGCUCAAUAAUGAACACCACCAUGGAUUCAAAGAAAUCUAACAAGAUCAGAGACAUUGUCAGGCUUCAACAGAUUCUCAAGAAGUGGAGAAAGAUUGCUAACUCCUCAUCAUCAUCAUCAAAAGCAAUCUCCAACAGCAACCACAACAUGAGCAGCAGCAGCAGCAAGAGCAUCAAGUUUCUGAAGAGGACACUUUCUCUGUCGGACAAAACCACCACCUCCUCAUUUGAGGCCUCAAGCAAUGCUGCUGUCCCCAAAGGCUAUCUUGCUGUUUGUGUUGGGGAGGAGCUCAAGAGAUUUGUCAUCCCAACUGACUACUUGGGUCGUCCUGCUUUUCACAUUCUGCUGAGAGAAGCUGAGGAGGAGUUUGGGUUUCACCAGACUGGUGUUCUGAGGAUUCCAUGUGAGGUUUCUGUGUUUGAAGAUAUUUUGAAGAUGGUGGAGGAAGACAGGGACACAUUGCUCUUCAAUCUGCAAGAAUGCAGGUUUAACAAAGAUGAUAUGAUGGGGUGCUGCUCAUCAUCAGAAGGCCAGCCUAACUUUUCUCACCAGCCAGAAAGCCCAAUGUGCAGAUAGUUUUAUUUAUUUAUCAUAAUUUUCACUCUUGUAGAUCUCUCCUCUUUUAGCUGAGAGGAAGAAGAACUUUCAAGUUGUGUAAAUUAUCCUCUGAUGCAUUUUGUCAGGCAUCCAAUCCAACAUCUUAUUUUCCGAGGCAUUUAAAUCCAACAUUUUGAUAACAGAACUGCAUAUAUGCAAACCAACAAUCUCAUUCAUGAGGCAAA